GGUUACCCAGCAACGAGAAAAACAACCGGAAGCAUCGACCCCAGCUCGGAGAGAAAGAAGAGGUACCAUAGGCAGUUCUUCCCAAGGAGAUGUCGAUUCCAUUCUCCAACACCCACUACCGAAUUCCUCAAGGAUUUGGGAAUCUUCUUGAAGGGCUGACACGCGAGAUUCUGAGGGAGCAACCAGAGAAUAUACCAGCUUUUGCAGCAGCAUAUUUUGAGAACCUUCUAGAGAAAAGAGAAAAAACCAACUUUGAUCCAGCAGAAUGGGGGUCUAAGGUAGACGACCGCUUCUAUAACAACCAUGCAUUCAAGGACUCUUUUGAGGAAGAGAAAGAAAAAGAGGAGGUUGCGGCUCUCAAAAUCCAAGCAGCCUUCCGGGGACACAUGGCCAGAGAGGAGGUAAAGAAAAUGAAAGCAGAUAAUGCUCCCACAGAGUAAAACAAGUGAGGAUACUGGUUUUACCCCCAGAAAACGUGAAAAAAUAAUCAAAAUUCAUCAACCUUGUUGUGGUUGUCAUUUUUUUCCUUAGAAGGGAGAUUUGAUGUUGUGAAAUAACAUUUGUUGCUGUUGUGAAAAUCUGUCACGAGCAUUGUUUAAUAAACAUGCCAUUGAAACGUACCACUUGAAGAUUUCUCUGACAUCGUAAGUCUUGUUUAUACUUGUCCUAAGUCUAUGUAUAGAGACCCUUGGAUUUAGUUACAGAACUGGACUAUCUUGAGUUUACGGAGAUCUCAGAGGUUAUGUGGCCUAACCAUUAUCUAACGAAUAAAUUCCUCUCUAUCAGAUCCC